CGGUUGGUCUGAACAACGACAACAACAGUAGACAACGACGACGAUGGAUGAUGACGUGUACGACGCGAUCGUUGUCGGUGCCGGCGUCGAGGGAUCGGCAACAGCCUACCACCUUGCUAAACAACAUCAGCGUACACUGCUCAUAGAACAGUUUCCACUGCCCCACUCCCGGGGCAGCUCACAUGGUCAGACCCGCGUUACAAGAAAGGCUUACGAGGAUGAUUUCUACACCGCCAUGAUGGCUGAUGCCUACCAGAUGAUGUUCCAGCUGGAGAAAGAGGCCGGAGUCAAGCUAUAUAGGAAAACUGGAUGUUUGUAUAUCGGUCUUUCGGACAGCGGCAAUCUAAAAAAGGUUGAGUCAUCGUUACAAAAGCACGGAUGUGUUCAUGAGAAAAUAUCCGCGUCCGAAAUGAAGGCACGCUUUCCUGGCUUCGCCGUUUCAGCUGAUAUGUGUGCCAUACUCGACUCUGAAGGAGGCAUUUUAAGAGCCGAUAAAAUGAUUUCUGCAUUUCAGACCAUGUUUAUAAGAUUCGGCGGUCAACUACACGAUGGAGAGCCAGUGGAGUCCAUCCAGCCCGGCAACAUCGUGACCGUGAAGACCUCCAAGGGUUUGUACAAAACUAGGAAUGUGGCCAUAGCAGCUGGCCCAUGGGCGUCGAAACUACUCACACCUCUUGGCCUCAGUCUUCCACUGAAGUGUAAGAAAAUACUCGUCAUGUACUGGAAGGAGAAAACUCGUGGGUCCUAUUCUGUAGAUGAAAACUGUCCAGUCUUUAGCUAUACACCGAGACAUGCCACUGCUGUCAUAUAUGGUCUUCCAAGCGACGAGUACCCCGGGCUUGUUAAAGUGUGUCUGCACCAUGGUCCUGAGAUUGACCCUGACCUCCGGGAUGAGGUUGACGUCACGUGGGUGGAGGAUACAGUAAGAGAGUACGUGACGAAACACAUGCCCGGACUAGAACCUGUGCCGUCUGUGGUAGAGAGUUGUAUCUACACGAACACACCAGACUCUCACUUUAUUCUUGAUCGACAUCCAAGGUGGAGUAACAUAUUGAUAGCUGUUGGAUUUUCAGGGUCUGGCUUCAAGAUCUCACCAGUUGUGGGCAAGGCAGUCUGUGAGCUCAUUAUGAAGACGACACCAUCUUAUGAUUUGAGUUACUUCAGGAUCAACCGAUUUGCACCCGCUUCCAGAAUGUAGACAGCAAACGUACAGUUCCAUAUCAUAUCUCCGUAUAAUGGCAUUAAUUAUUAGUAGAUAUCUUUGAAGAGUAGGAGAGAAACAUGAUAAUAUCCUUUGAUGACAUUGACGAGAUGGCAGAACAAUAACGUUCAUAUCUGUAUGCUCGCGAUGUUUGUGUCAAUAUAGUGAUGUUAUUCUGGAAGUUGGUUACGGCUCACAGAGAAGAGUGGAUCGGAACGCCUCUAUUCUUUUAAUGCUUGGUUGCUUUGUUAAAAUUUUAAUUUUUAUACGUGUUAUUUUUGAUAGAAUGUGUUUUUGCGUGACCCACACACAGGAAAUGGUUCUUAAAAGGUCCUAGCAAACGAGAAUAGAGACACUUUACUAAAAAGAAAUGACCAAAGAUCAUUCCUCAAAUGUUUUUUGUUUACAAUUAAUUGCACCAAAUCACAGUGUUAGGAUAUUCAGAAUUCAUGCUUGUAAAACGUUCAAAGUCCAGAUUUUAGUCUGCAGUGUUGCAUGCACUUUCUAUUUUGUUUCUAUAUUAAGACCGGACUUUAAAAUGAUUAGAAGCACAGAGCUAGAACCUCAAAAGCUUGUCCUUUAAGUCGUUAAUAAAUCUACAACAUGG